AUGAUGUUCUUUCACCGUGUCGCUAAAGGCUUUGCCAUCAUCGCCCCCUUCUUCCUCCUCCUGAGCAAUACAGUGUCAGCCCAAGAAUGUGACUCGGUCGCCGAUUGCCCCACAAACUGGGAUUGCGCCAGAACUGGUCUUUUGCGCAAAAAGCGCUGCUUCCCUAUCAGCUGUGUCACAGGUGCCGCGAAUGCUAUGGAAGAAAGUGGCUUUAAUGCUCAAGUCUAUCUCGACGACAUCAAAACAAUGACUGGAUUGACAAGAAACCGAGACUUUCUGGCACUUCGCGGUGGCGAUGAUGACAGUGAUGCAAGCAAUCUUCUUGCAGAAGCCUUUGCAACCUACCCGGUUCCACAUUUGGAUGUAUUCCAGGCCAACUAUUCCGCCUGUGCCUCUCCAACUACCGGUGAGCGACACCUCCAAUUCAAUGAUGGUGAAGUUUGGCCUGGCCUGCAAGUGAGUGUUGCUGCCCUCUUCUCGUACUUUUAUAAACAAACUUGGUGGUCAGGUGAAUUCGUUGGUAGACAAGUUUCUGCCACUUAUGCUGCGAACUGUAUUGGUGCCCUUGUGGGUGCAGAUGUUGGUGUGGAUUUGCUACUUCAAGUCUACAGUGGUGGCACCAACGCAGCCAUUGGUGGCAUUCUCAGUCGGGAGACCAUUUCAAGUUCCGGUACCAUUGCCUGUGUCCCUGUAACUACCAUCGCCAUUUUUGGGAUCCAGGUUUGUUGGAAUCCAGACCAAACUCAGGGUGAUUUGGUUGUUACUGAGAUUACUUUUGGACCCAGUCUUGGGGUUGCACUUGGAGGUUACUCUUCGUGCUUUGCGACCCAAACAGUGACAUUUUGA